AUGGCUGGACUGUUAGUGGGGCCUAGGGCCCUUGGAGAUGCGUUGAAGCUUGGAAGUUCAGAUCUACGUUUUACACUGAGUCGCAACGAUGUUCCAGAUGAAGUUCAAGCGCAUUUCUUUGAGAACGGUGUUACAAAUGUGAACAAGUUUUCAUCCUUUUUCCGCAGUGAAGAAGAUCUGAUACAGGUCUUGAGAGAUGAUUUCAACAUUGAUGCAAGUGCUUCUUUGGCAGAUAGGGCGCAGGUGGCCUCAGUCAUUUGCAGCUGGAAGGAGACAAUCACGAAGGCGAAGCGGCAGGCGGAAGUGGAGGCAGAGAUGGAUUCACGUGAGUGGACAAAACCGAUUCCUGUUGGGGACUAUGUGCAGCUUAGAAAUUUUUUCCAGAAGACGAUUGGACAUAUUGAGGACAGAGUGACUCCAGCAAAGGAGUAUUUGGAGAAGAAGUUGCAAGAGUUAGAGAAUGGAGAGUUCAGAGCAGAGACCUUAGCAGAGGUAGUCUCCAAAGAUGAAAUUGACCCUGAUGUCUUGGUUCCCAUUUUCGAUAGCAAAGGAAGUCUUUCUGUGAAAAAGGGCAGCUCUCAAGUGCCAAUGCCAACUGGACCAGAACAGCUACGUCGACGCCUCAGCGUGAUGCAGAACUGCCUGAUGAUGUUGGCACUCAAACAUGUUAAUCGUGAAGAAAUCCAGGAUGUUAGCAAGGAUGUUUUUGACAAGUACAAAGACUAUUUGCUUGGUGAUUACGUUUGGGGCUUGAGUUCAACAGACUUACAGGGUCAACAGAUCCAGACGCCGCCUUGGAGCUUGGUCUUGGCCUAUGAGCAAUCAAUUCGAAAAAGGGCAUACAACCUCAUGACCACGGAGAAGUUGAUGCUGGGUGCUGCUUUGGAGAAGGCCUGGAAAUGUUACCCAAUAUCACAACCAGAGGGUUGGAAACUACAUGGGGGUCAUGGAGAAGCAAGGAAGUGCGAAGUUCCUGGAAAAUCACGGAUGUUUCACGACGGAUGUGGUUUGGCCUCACCUGGUAGAUGGGACAUAGAAGACCGCAUAUGGAAUGACGAUGGUUUUUGGAAACGGUUGAGGAGUGACUCAUACCAACUGGUUUUACAAUUUUGUGGGGGGCAACAGAAUUUCGACAGAACUUGUUUUGAGAUGGCAGCGAAAGGUGAAGCAGGCUGCAACUUGGUACAAAAUCAGGAACUCAAAGAUGGACUGGUGGACCUGUGGAGGAACAUGCUGCAACAGGAAGGUUACAACACCGCUGGUCUUGCAGAUAUAGCCGAGGGGCAACCCUUUCGCUUGAGGUUAAUGGAAGCGCUUUUGGACAGAGCUGGAGAUCCAGAUCAUAGAUUCUUGCUUCAAGGUGAGAAGGGGUAUCCUGUAGGAGUCCUACAGCCUUUACCCCGUACACCACACAUGUACGAGGAGCAGACGUCUUGGAAGUUGGAGGAUGACCCAUACAUGAGGUCAGAGAUUUGGAGAGACAACUACGAGUCUGUUGGGGAUCAUGAGAUUUUGUUCGAGAGCAUUUUGCGGAAGAAUGCAAAGAGGGCCUCAUGGAAAGGUUGA